AUAACAAAUUCUAUUAGAGAGAGAGAGAGAGAGAGAGAGAGAGAAUUCUCAGAGGAAAAACCAUGGAAAACACAGAGAAAGAAAUUACAAGUGAUGAGCCUAAGUACAGAGGACUUAAAGCCAUGCCCUUUGUUAUAGGAAAUGAGACAUUUGAGAAGCUGGGAACACUAGGGACAUCAUCGAAUCUGUUGGUGUACCUGACAACAGUGUUCAACAUGGACACAAUUACAUCAACUAAUCUGAUCAACAUCUUCAAUGGAACUUGCAACUUUGGAACCCUCCUUGGAGCUUUCCUCUCUGAUACAUACUUUGGCCGUUACAAAACUCUGGGAUUUGCUUCUAUCUCCUCCUUCUUGGUAAUUAAUGCUCUAUCCCUUUCAAUCCCAAUCUUUCUUUUCUCCGUAUGCAAAACACACCUAUUAAAUCUAAUGUAAAAAUAAGUAUUGAACUUGUGUCCAAGGAUGGAUCUAGGGGGUGCGGGUGGAGGCGAUCACACCCGCAAAAAUAUCAAAUAUUAUAUUAAAAAAAA